AUGAGCGCGCCACCGACGGUCAGCAUGGGCAUCCCGACGCAGGACCCCACCGGCACGGCCGCCAGCCUGGAGACUCUACCGCCGUGGAAUUACACCGCAGUGAGUGCCUAUAAGCUGAUGGAGCUGCCAGUGCUUGCAACCUCGGUGGCGAUGAUCCAGAACAUUCGACAUCCUUUUCCGACCGUUGACGUACCAGACCACGCGCACUACACCAUCGGUUCUGUCAUCCUAGCCGUGGGAAUUACGGGAAUGGUGGGGAACUUCCUGGUCAUGUAUGCCUUCUGCAAGAGUAGGAGCCUAAGAACGCCUGCCAACAUGUUCAUCAUUAAUUUGGCUGUCACCGACUUCCUGAUGUGUGUCACUCAGACGCCAGUCUUCUUCACCACCAGUAUGCACAAGAGAUGGAUCUUCGGAGAGAAAGCAUGUGAGUUGUAUGCGUUUUGUGGUGCCCUGUUUGGGAUCUGUUCCAUGAUAACGCUGAUGGUUAUUGCGGUGGAUCGUUACUUUGUGAUCACUCGUCCGCUGGCUUCUAUCGGAGUGAUGUCACGCAAACGAGCCUUCAUUAUUCUGGCUGCAGCCUGGGCCUACUCUAUGGGCUGGAGUCUACCCCCUUUCUUUGGGUGGAGUGCGUAUGUCCCUGAGGGUUUGUUGACCUCUUGUUCCUGGGACUACAUGACCUUCAGCCCAUCUGUACGAGCCUACACCAUGCUACUCUUCGUCUUCGUCUUCUUCAUACCCCUAUUCAUCAUCAUCUACUGCUAUUUCUUCAUCUUCCGUGCCAUUCGGGACACCAACAGAGCUGUGGGUAAAAUCAAUGGGGACGGUGGAGGUAAAGACUCGAUCAAGAAGUUUAACCGUAUGCAGAAUGAGUGGAAGAUGGCAAAGAUAGCUCUGAUCGUCAUCCUGCUCUACGUUAUCUCCUGGUCUCCGUACUCCUGUGUGGCUCUGACCGCGUUCGCUGGUUACGCUGACAUGCUCACUCCCUACAUGAAUUCUGUGCCUGCUGUGAUUGCCAAGGCCUCUGCCAUCCACAACCCUAUCAUCUACGCCAUCACACACCCCAAAUACAGGUCCGCCCUGGCUAAGUACAUCCCGUGUCUGGGUGUUCUGUUAUGUGUUCCACGCCGGGAUCGCUUUGCCAGCAGUAGCUUCAUGUCUACCCGCCGUUCUACCGUCACCAGCCAGUCGAGCGAGACCAGCACCAACCCGCAGCGCAGCGGCAAGGCCCGUCUGUCUUCAAUGUCGGACAGUGAAUCUGGAUGGACAGACACAGAGGCAGAUCUCUCCAGUACGAGUUCGCGCUGUGUCAGCCGACAGGUGUCCUGUGACAUCCGUAAGGACACUGUCGAUGUGUCCGACUUCAAGUCCUCUAAUUCUCUCAAAGUGAAGUUGAAGAACCGCGACUCAGGCAUUUUUGACAAAUCAUCCACUCAGAACCCAGUUGAGCCCAACCUGAACCGAACCUGUACCUACAUUAAUACCCUCGCAGACAAAGACGACAUCUGCCUAACAGAGGUCAGCAUAUCCAGUCAUCUGCACUCCAAGCCAUCCAUAGUCACAGAGCCAAAGGGAGCGUCCAGUCAGAUCCCUUCCAUCAUCGUCACUUCUGAGUCCAGUCCAGCUCUGGCGUUGACAAACAGGUCCAGUAACCUCACCGCCCGAACCUCCAAAGAGGCCUGCAGUGAUGCGGUAGAGUUGGGCUCGGUCACCCUGGAGCCCGUCGGUUCGGACCAUGUGGCCUCACCGCUGCCUUGCUCUCCCAUUGACGCUGCCAUCCCACAAGACGGCUUCUGA